CAUCCGUUAAAAGUUGUUUACUUCUGAUUGCUUGGUCUCUGAAGGAAAUCCAGAGAGUCACACAACAGUGGAAGGGUGAUAAAAUAGUGCCACCAUUCAGUGAGGGACACAGAAGUCACAGAAAUCACUCUACCUCAACUGAGCAGAAUAAAACAGAUAAGGGAACAUCCUGAACAUGACCUCAGAGAUGCACAUGCCAGACCCAGCGUGCCUCAUAGAGAACACUCAAAACAAACUGGUGGUCAAUCCAAAGGCUCUGGAGAUCCUGUCUGCCAUCACACAGCCUGUGGUCGUGGUGGCUAUUGUGGGUCUCUACCGCACAGGCAAAUCCUACCUGAUGAACAAGCUGGCUGGCAAGAAGAGAGGCUUCUCCCUGGGCUCCACAGUGCAAUCUCACACCAAAGGAAUCUGGAUGUGGUGUGUGCCUCAUCCCAAGAAGCCAGACCACACCCUGGUUCUUCUGGACACUGAAGGCUUAGGCGAUGUGGAGAAGGGUGACAACCAGAAUGACUCCUGGAUCUUUGCCCUGGCAAUCCUCCUGAGCAGCACCCUUGUGUACAAUAGCAUGGGCACCAUCAAUCAGCAGGCCAUGGACCAACUGCACUAUGUGACAGAACUGACAGAUCGAAUCAGGGCAAAAUCCUCACCUGAUACCAAUGAGGUUGAGGAUUCAGCUGACUUUGUGAGCUUCUUUCCAGACUUUGUGUGGACCCUGAGGGAUUUCUCCCUGGACUUGGAAGCAGAUGGACAACCCAUCACACCAGAUGAGUACCUGAAGAUUUCGCUUAAGCUUAAGCAAGGUUCCAGUAAAAAAGAUAGAAAUUUUAAUCUGCCCCGACUCUGUAUCCGGAAGUUCUUCCCAAAGAAGAAAUGCUUUAUCUUUGAUCGGCCCACUCACCGGAAGAAACUAGGCCAGCUUGAGACUCUGCAUGAUGAUGAACUGGACUCUGAAUUUGUGCAACAAGCUGCAGUCUUCUGUGACUACAUCUUCAGUAAUGCCAACACUAAAACAAUUUCGGGAGGCAUCCAGGUCAAUGGAACCCGUCUAGCCAAACUGGUGGUGACCUAUGUCGAUGCCAUCAGCAGUGGGGAUCUGCCCUGCAUGGAGAACGCAGUCCUAGCCUUGGCCCAGAUAGAGAACUCAGCUGCAGUGCAAAAGGCCAUUGCCCGCUAUGAACAACUGAUGGGCCAGAAAGUUCAGCUGCCCACAGAAACUCUCCAGGAGCUGCUGGACCUGCACAGGGACUGUGAGAGAGAGGCCAUUGAAGUCUUCAUGAAGAGUUCCUUCAAAGAUGUAGACCAUUUAUUUCAAAAGGAAUUAGCGGCCCAGCUAGAACAAAAGUGGGACAACUUCUGUAAAAAGAAUUUGCAAGCAUCAUCAGACCGCUGCUCAGCUUUACUUCAAGAUAUCUUCACUCCUCUAGAAGAAGACAUAAAGCAGGGGAUAUUUUCUAAACCAGGGGGCUAUCAUCUCUACAUCCAGAAAUUACAAGAGUUGAAGAAAUCGUACUCUCAGCAACCUAGGAAAGGGAUACAGGCUGAAGAGAUUCUUCAGAAAUACUUGGUAUCCAAGGAAUCUGUGACUGAUGCCAUUCUACAGACAGACCAGAUGCUCACAGGAAAGGAAAAAGAAAUUGAAGUGGAACGUGUGAAAGCAGAAUCUGCUCAGGCUUCAGCAAAAAUGUUAGAGGAAAUGCAAACAAAAAAUGAACAGAUGAUGGAACAGAAAGAAAAGAGUUAUCAGGAACAUGUGAGACAAUUGACUGAGAAGAUGGAGAGGGACAGGGCCCAGCUGCUGGAAGAGCAAGAGAGGACUCUUGCCCUUAAACUUCAGGAACAGGCCCAGCUACUAAAGGAAGGAUUCGAACAUGAGAGCAAUCGGCUCACUAAUGAGAUACAACUUCUCCAGAAGAGGAUGGAAAAACCAAAGAAGAGAUGUUUGUUAAGCUAAAGACCUAAAGAAAAAAAUCUAUCCUAGUCACUCUUAAUCAGGCACAGCUCAAGCAUUUUUUAGAACUUGGAAAACAUCACUAUACCUGAUAAUAAUUGGUUUUUGCAUUUUUAUAACACUUAAAUUUAUAAAGACAUUCAGUAUGAUAAUUAAAACCAUGUCUAUCUUCCUAAAAAAAAAAACAAACAUAAAUUGUAUAAUAAGGAUACAUUUACUACUGUACCAACACAGCAGGGAUCACGAGCUAGUACUACUUAAGAGAAGCUAAUUCUUCCAGAUGACUAUUAGUAGAAAAUUGAAUACUGAGCAGAGUUUUAGAGAAAAAUCUUAGGACAUAGUUGUUCAUCUUUUUCUCCAAGUGUACGAGUUCCAAUGUCGGGAACAAGCAUCUUAGAUUUUUAGUGCAGACAAUGAACAUUUUAUUUAUUGUCUCAAUGUUGUAUGAUCUGUGAACUAUAAUGUGAUUUCUGGGCAUUGAGAUGGAGAAUCCUCUCUGAUGGAUUCCCAGAUAUAGCAAAUUACCUUAUACAGAGAUCUAGAAACUUCAGAAUUUCCAUAGGAAGACUGAAGAAACCUUAACAUGAGUAGGAGUUGAAUAAUAAACAAACAAGUUAAAGAAAAUAUUCCCUUCUUGCUCAAUUCAUCCAACUUCUAAUGUUAAAGGGACACUUAGAGGGCUUCCCCGGUGGCGCAGCGGUUGAGCGCUGGGUUGCGAAGCUGCCC